CAGAGAGAAAAGUUGUCAUUGCCCUGCCUCCUCCUCCUUCAUUUCUUUUAAAAAGCUGACCUAAAACCUCAAAAGCCCAAAGAUCACACAUACAUUUCAACAACAGCAAGCACAAGAUCCAAACCAAAUACACACACACACACACACAGAAGUGAAAAGAAAAAGAAAGAGAAAACAAACAAGCACACCAUGGAAGGAAGAGAAAGCAAAGGUCCUCCUUCAGCAGAUCUCUUGGUCUGUUUUCCUUCAAGAGCCCACCUUAAACUAAUCCCCAACAAACCCAUCUGCAGCCCUUCAAGGCCAUCUGAACGCCACCACCAUCACAACCACAACCACCACCACCACAACCCCCUCAAAAAAUCAAGCUUCAGAGGGGUUGGAGUUGGUGGUGGUGGUGGCCAAGCCAGCCCUCUCCUAUGGGCUAAAACCAAGCCAAUGGGCUCAGAAAUCGCUGAACCCACAUCCCCACGAGUCACCUGCGCUGGACAGAUCAAAGUCAGGCCUAAACCUAAAGCUGGUUCAUGCAAAAAUUGGCAGUCAGUCAUGGAAGAGAUAGAGAGGCUUCACAACAACAAGAAACAGAAGAAAAGAGCCACUUGGGUUGAAUCUUUAGGAUUCAAGAAGGAUAUAAUGCAAUUCUUGACGUAUUUACGGAGAAUAAGGUUUGAUUUUCGAUGCUUUGGGACUUUUCCCACCACCACGGGUCUCACUUCUGAUGAUGACGAAGACGAUGAGGUUGAAGAAGUGGGAAUUGACAAUGAAACUUCAAGAACUGUCUUUUCCAAAUGGUUCAUGGUUCUACAAGAAGAGCAAAGCAAUAGGAUCACCAAAGAAGAGAGUAAAGAGAGAGACAAAGACAAAGCUCUUAAGGAAGAGCCUAUUGCUCCACCACCUAAUGCUCUAUUGCUCAUGCGUUGUAGGUCUGCUCCUGCUAAAAGCUGGAUAGAAGAGAGAGAAGAAAAAGAAGACGAAGAUGAAGAGAGAGAAGAGGAAAAAGAAAAGAAAGCAAAGUUCGCGAUGGAGGAAGAGAAGAAAGGGAAGAGCUUGGCAGUGGUGAUGAGAUAUGACAAUGAUUUCUGUAAAUUGUCAUCAGAUGUUGCAAAGGAAACUUGGGUUGUUGGUGGUAUGAGAGAUCCAUUCUCAAGGAGUAGAAGUUGGAAGAGAUGAUCAUACAAAAUAAUAAUAAUAAUAAUAAUCAAGGUGACUUAUGUUUUUUCCAUUUUUUUUUUUUUUUUUGGUCUUGUCCAAAGUUUAUUUUCACUACUAAAUUUUCUCUACAUAGUGUUUGACCUUUUUUUUUAUUUGAAUCAAUGGGGUGAAUUAUAUGAGAAAUAAUUGUAAUCAAGCUACUUUUUUUUUAAUGGAAAUGUAUAAUUUGUACA